GCUGUCGGGCCAGUACGCCUGCGCACACGCUGACCCCGCCUCCUUCUGUCUCCCAGCUACGCAUCCCAGAAUGGCGGCCCUUUUAGAAUGUGUUCUGUCGCGGAAAGUGGGCAAUGAUAAGGUUGUGGGCUGGUUAAAAAACGUUCAGGAGGGUGACAAGUUGUCUUUGAGUGAACCUGAGCUGAUUAUCCACAAACAAGAGUUUGUCGCUUUCCUUUUAAACUUCCUGAGAGAGCAGAGCAGUGAAGCUCUCACUCAUGGUCCUGCAACACCAGCCAAAACCCCCAGCCGCCCCAGACCCCCAGCACAGACUCAAGGCUUCUCUGACAAGACUUCCUGCAGGUCUGCUGGGAGUGAGGUUGGAUCUCGCAGUGCCAGUCGUGUGCAGCUGUUCUCUACAGCUACAUCUGUGUCACCUGGAAAUGAGUCGGAUUCUGCUGGUCAGUCAGGUCUGAGUGGAGUCGAUGCCUUCAAUAGUCACCCCUUGUCUACAGGGUGGAGUCCUGCUUCUAGGCCAUCAGGCUCUGAGCGCAGGCAUGGCCAGAAAGUCUGUCUCGGCGACUUCAUGGUUUCCCCUUCUGAGAUGCGGCAUAGCCCCAGCUUCCAGCCACACAAAGGGCGCAGAAAGAGUGGUGGCAGCACAGCGAUCGGAGGGCAAGCCAGGCAAGGAGGAGGGCGUGGGGUCCCUCACAGUGAUGAGGCUGGUGGUAGGCGAUCAGCAAGAGGAGCAGGGUAUGGCAGGAUAAGUGAGCAGGUUUCACCUUCAUCUCCAGCUCAUCUCAAUUUCAACAACUUGGAAGACUUCCCUCCUGUUGGUUCAUCGGCCAUUUUCCCUGGGGCAUCCAAGCCGUCCAGAAGAAUAAACCCAACACCGGUCAGCCCAGACCGGCCUCACUCUAAACCAAAGACGUGCUUCACAUCCACCCCUCUCCAGAAAGCUUCCAGUCCUCCACGAGGAAUGGAGCCGCUUGAGGGACCGACAACGGUGCGCACUCCAAUGAGCCUACAGGAAGAGAGGGAAUUACUCAAAAUGGAAAAAACUUCAAGUUUUAGCAAUUCUUUUGCGAGGACAAAGCUGGCCCAGCAGGCGGCCUCUCUUCCUCCGUGCUCUCUGGAUCCCUGUACUCCUACCAAGACGGGAACUAGGAUAGAAUCUAAAGUUACACCAGACCCUCAGACGAUGUGUCCUGAACCAUCCAAAGUCACCUUCUCCUCAGAGCUCGAUAUUUUGGCUGAGCUGUACUGUACCUGCAUUUCUGAAAACCUAGUGCCAAACCUUUUCCUCGAGCUUUUCUUUGUGAUGCAGCUGUUGACAUCCCGGUCUCCUCAUAAACACAGCGAUGAAGAGCAGUUGAGUUUGUGUUCAGUAAAUUCAGAUGUCCUAGAAAGAUGUUACCUGAGACAAGUGCACAACUGUGUCUAUUUUGCAGUAAAAGUUUUGGAGAAUCAAUUUCAGUUGGUCGUUCAUUUGGACAAGUGCACUUUGCGUCUGCUGGCAGAGAACGAUAGGGUGGCCUCUUUCUCUCCAAAACUUAAAGACUGCUUCACUCAGGCUCAGGACAGAAGCACAGCCAAGCUCUCUCCUUCAGCGUCCACUUUCAUCCAUUCAGUCCCAUUCCAGCCUGCUACUGACAACCGUUCCAAUUUUGGAAGCGACAAGGCCUUCCACACCUUUAAGAAACAGAGAGAUAUUUUCUAUGAAGUGCUUCGAGAAUGGGAGGACCUUCAUAAAGAGCCAGGCUGGAACUUCGAUGCUGUACUUGGAACUAAAAUCAGAGGAAUGAUGAGUCAACUCACUUCUGCUGGAAAUCAUUCCCACUUUGCACGUCUGUUUUUGAAGCAGCUGGUUCAGAUGGGUAAAGGCCCUCGUACGAGCAACCCGUCGGUGGAUACACCCGAUGCUGACCUGCUGGGAAUGCUGGGAGCUGACAGCCUGGGUCGUCUCAAGCGUCUUGAGGAGCGUCUCAUUCAGCCUCAUGGAGUUGUCGGCCCCUGUCCUCCUCCGUCCUUUCCUGGCCACCAAGGGUUCUUCAGGAACUUCAUUCAGACAGCCAGCUGCUGCCAGAUGAACCAGCACCUUCAGGACAGCCUGUGUCAGCAGCUACUCCACUUGGAUGAGGUGUCCAUCCUGAGUCCUCCUGCUUCCAUUGGGGAGGGAGAGGAGGAAGAGGAUGGAGAUAUGGAGCAGCAGGAUGAGAAGCAGCGGUUCGCCUCAGUGCUGCUCCUAGCUCGUCUUCUGGCAAAGUUCCUGGGAUUCAUCUCCUUUCUCCCCUACCAAACAUCAGAGAAACCCUCCAAAGAAAUACAGGAAACAUCGGUAGCCCUACGCAGCAAGAGUGUUCAGGUGCUGGAUGUUUGUGCUGUGCUGAGAAACAGCGUUAGGAGGAGGCGCACCAUUUUGACCGUGCCCUGGGUGGUGGAGUUCCUCUCCAUGUUGGACUUCGUUGGGCCUCUGCUUCUCUGCUACAGAGUGGCACUGGCUACACUGCUUCUACUAUACAGGAGGCUGCAGCUGAACCGAAACGAAGAAAUGUGUUACCUGAACAAGCUGCUGCUGGUGUCAGUGUUGGGAUGGCUCUUUCAGAUUCCCGUGAUUCCUGAGGACAUUUUCUUCACCAGUGAGUUUACUGCACUGGUCAAGGAGGAGGGCGGUGACACGGGUUCUCUUGGACUUGACUGCAUUCCACUGGUGGAUCAGCAACUACUUUAUACAUGCUGUCCAUUUCUUGGUGAGUUUCGUAAGCUCCUAGCAGCUUUCGUGUCUGGCAGCACAGCCAGGAGUGGAGGAAUUAUCCGCAAGAUUACCCCCACUUCUGCAGAGCUCAAGGACACACCGACCGCCAACAGAUCGCAGCAGAAAAUGCAGGUGGACCUGGAGCAAGCCUUCUUCCACAAUAAGCCUCCGUCGCUGCGCCGCACAGUGGAGUUUGUGGCUGAGAGGGUUGGAUCCAACGCUGUCAAGCAUAUAAAGGCUACAUUAGUGCAAGAGCUGGUGGAGAGAGGAGAGAAGAUGCUGAAAGACGGGCUGCAGUCGGCAAAUUCAAAUUCUUCAAAGCUGAACGACUCCAUAUGUGCUCAGCUGUGUGAUGCUGGCUUGGAAGCACUUGCGAAAGCCACCAGGUUUUGCAAUGAAAAAAGCCCUGACGCCAUACGUAUACUGCUCCCUGUCGAGACCACGCCGCCGGUCCUGACUACAUCUGAAAACAUCACCAGGCGCCUAGCUGCUGAGAAAGCGUGCAGCUGGCUUUCUGCCAACAUUACGGCCCUGAUCAGGCGUGAGUGGAAGAGCAGAUAUGACCGUGUGAUAAAGGCUCUUGGCAGUCUAGUAGCUCCAGACUCUGUGGAUGCAGAAGGCGCUGUGGUUGAACUGGUCCGGCAGGCGCAGAUGAAUACUCCCAAGAAGAAACAAGAGAAAGCGGAGUCCUGCCCUCCUCUUUGUAAACACAGCUCUUUCCUCCCCUCAGACAUCCUCAUUGAGAUUAAGGAGCUGCUGAGCAUCGCGGUGGGGCCCAGAACAGACGAGGAGCUGCCAACUGGCUCCCAACUCAAAAUCCUGCUUCAAAGAGUCAGAGACACAUUGGAGUGCAGAAAGUUCUUAACGCCUGUGUCAGAGCAGAUGCUCCAGAACUGUACUGUGCUGCUCGCCUGCAAACUGGUGUCUGGAGAGCUGCCAGUGCGCUCUUUGUCAUGGUGUAGCAGGCAUGGCGGGGUUGCCAUGGAUCCCAGCGCCGGGCCAGAGCCCCCCGAGUCAGAUGUUUUGGAGCAGCUUGCUGAGCUGUGGGAGAGAGGCUGCUGCUCCUCAGUCCCUCUUCAUGAGCUCUUCACCCCACUCACAGUAACCGCUGUGCUGAAGGCCAGAGACACAGAGAAGAAGAACUACCUGUUUCUUGUUAGAAAGCUGGUCGACAAAGGAAUAUUGAGUGAGGAAGAGGUCACGUCAUACUGGAGGAAACUAACGGACCUGACCUUGCCUGCACAGCUGAUUGAGACUUUCCAGCUGCAGUCUCAGAGUAUUAAACUCUCUCUGCCUCUGGCUGAGAUGCAAACGUGCUCAGACAUGCUGCAGCUCUCUCAUCAGACAAUAGAGGGAGCAACCUGACAACAAUACUGCCCAGUGUUCCACUAACAACUUGUGUGCUUUCACCACAGUGUCUUUUAAAGUUUCAUCAUGUUAAGUCAUAAAAUGGUCUGCUCCUCACCUACGAUUCAAGCAACAAACAGAAAGCCGCGACACUUAUGACUGGAAAUGAUGAACCACAUCAUUUCUCAUCUCAUGGAGCAUCCUGAGAGGAAGCUUGAUCAGAGACUUUUUUUUUUAUUUAUUUAUUUUGGGAACGAUACAAAACCCAGAAUAGUAAUGCUAAACAAACCUAAUUAUUUUAUCACAGAAAAGGCUUUGCUAUUUAGAUGCUUUUUAAAUGAAAUCUGAGUGAAAUCCAGAGAGGCUAAAACGUGCAAAUAUUACAGGUUUUUAGAUGUAAGUGCAGUUUGAGAGACAGUAGUUUAGCUCUUUCACAUAUUGCGUUUGACCACAUAACUAGUGAUUGUUUCAUGAAUGUAUUUACAGCGUUUGUGAUAGCUAUUGUUCAUGUUGAACAGCGAUGUUUUCCUAGACUCUUUUAACAGAAGGAUGUAUUGACACAGACUGAGAAUAUAAGUAAAGAUUUGUUCCAGUGUGCAGCA